GUUGUAGCACUCAACUCUACUUUGACAGUAGUUGCGGAUUGGGGAGAGAAUGGGUACAACUCCUCUGUGGCUGCUGGCCUCACUGGCCUUUGCCUGUUUGUCUUCUGUGGCUGAUGGUGUUCCAUUGAAGGUGAUGUCUUCCCCCAACCUGUUGCGGGUAGGAGCAGCAGAAAACAUUUUUGUGGAGUGUCAAGACUGCACUGGGGGCGACAUCAAGGUGGACAUCAACGUGAUGAACCAUCCAACCAAGACCAAAAAGCUCGGGUUGGGUGCGUCUGUGACCCUUAAUAGCGCAAACAACUUCCAAGGAUUUGGACAAAUCACGAUACCGACAGGAGACUUUAGUACAGACCCCAACAUGAAGCAGUAUGUGUACCUGCAAGCUCAAUUCCCUGACCGACUGUUGGAGAAAGUGGUAUUGGUCUCCUUUCAGUCUGGAUACAUCUUCAUCCAGACAGACAAGAACCUCUACACUCCCGACAGCACGGUGAACUACAGGAUGUUUGGAGUUACGCCGAGCAUGGAACCUAUUGAGAGAGAUCACCAAAAUCAAGAUGAGGCUGCUGCCAUAAUCAUUGAGAUGAUGACCCCCGAAGACAUCAUUUUACCUCUUGAGUCAGUCUUUCUGAAGUCAGGGAUCUACACUGGAAACUUCAAACUUGCUGAGAUUGUCAGUCCUGGACUGUGGAAAAUAGUCGCCAAGUUCCAAAGUCAUCCACAGCAAAGCUUCUAUGCACAGUUUGAGGUCAAAGAGUACGUGCUCCCGAGUUUUGAAGUUAAAUUAACGCCUUUGGUCCCCUUCUUCUAUAAGGAUAGCGAAGAAUUCACUGUUGACAUCAAAGCCACGUAUCUGUUUGGUAGAGAGGUAGAUGGGACGGCCUUUGUGGUCUUUGGGUUUCUAAAGGAUGGCGAAAAGAGGAGCUUUCCGCAAUCUCUUCAGAGAGUGCCUAUCGAGACAGGCAAUGGAGUUGUCACACUGAAGAGAGCACAGAUGACACAAACGGUCCCGAAUAUGGAUGAUUUGGUGGGAAGUCACAUAUUUGUGUCGGUCAGCGUAAUGACCUUGAGUGGAAGUGAAAUGGUAGAAGCCGAGUUGAGAGGCAUCCAGAUUGUCACAUCUCCAUACCGCAUCGAAUUCACGAAGACGCCCAAAUAUUUUAAACCCGGAAUGUCCUUUGAUGUUACGCUUAAAGUUGUGAAUCCUGACGAUACUCCAGCACGAGGUCUUCCUGUGGUGGUGAACCCGGGUGAGGUGCAAGGCUUCACCUCAGACAACGGCAUCGCCAAGCUCACUGUCAAUACAGUUGCAAGGGACGCAAAAUUGACAAUCAAUGCAUGGACCAAUGAUCCUAAAAUUCUCAGAGCGAGACAAGCAACUGCUACAAUGGAAGCCAUCCCGCAUACUACCAAAAGCAAACAUUACAUUCACAUAGGUGUGGACACAGCUGACCUAGAUGUGGAAGAUAACCUGAAAAUCAACCUCAAUCUAAACAGGGCACCGACUCGAGAUACUGACAUCACAUACUUGAUCAUUGGCAGAGGACAACUCGUGAAAUAUGGGCGUCACAGGACGAUUGGCCAAGUUCUGAUCUCUCUCAUCGUUCCCAUCACCAAAGACAUGCUCCCAUCAUUCCGAAUCGUAGCUUACUACCGCCCAGAUAACAAUGAGGUGGUGUCGGACUCUGUGUGGGUGGAUGUCAAGGACUCCUGCAUGGGCAUGCUCAAACUCGAAUCAACAAGACCGGCACCAUCCUUUGAACCUCGCAAGAUUUUUGGACUCAAGGUCACUGGAGACCCAGAGGCCACCGUGGGUCUGGUGGCAGUUGACAAAGGCGUUUAUGUUCUAAACAAGAAGCAUCGUCUGACCCAGAAAAAGGUGUGGGAAACUGUGGAGAAGCACGACACAGGCUGCACACCAGGUGGAGGCAAAGAUGGAAUGAGUGUGUUCUAUGAUGCAGGGCUGUUGUUUGAGACCAACGCUGCACAAGGAACCCCCUACCGACAAGAGCUGAAAUGUCCCUCACCCAGCAGGAGCAAACGAGCUUCAACUCUGUUACAGGUUACCACAACCUUAGCAAGUAAAUAUGAAGGGCUAGAGAGGGAGUGUUGUUUGAAUGGCAUGGGGGAAACUCUUCUCUCAUACACUUGUGAAACACGCAGCGAGUACAUUAGUGAUGGAAAGCCGUGUGUCGACGCCUUCUUGUAUUGCUGCAAGGAGCUGGAAGGCCAGAGAGCCGAGAUGAAGCAAGACACCCUUCAAAUAGCUCGGAGUGAGAAGAAUGAUCACAUUUACAUGGACAAUAUUGAAAUUGUUACCCGGACGAAUUUCCCUGAAAGCUGGCUUUGGUCUGAUAUUAAAUUGCCUGCUUGCCCUCGACAAACGCCGAACUGUGAUACCACAUCACAUGUGAAUUAUGUCCCGAUGCAAGACUCCAUAACAACAUGGCAGUUCAUGGGUAUUAGUCUCUCCAAAACUCAUGGAAUCUGUGUCAGUGAACCUUUAGAGGUUAUAGUACGGAAGGAUUUCUUCAUUGACCUCAAGCUUCCCUAUUCGGCUGUGCGUGGAGAGCAGAUUGAAAUCAGGGCAAUCCUCCACAACUACAGCCCUGAUGAAAUCACAGUCCGUGUGGAUCUGUUCGAGACAGCACAUGUGUGCAGUGCAGCCUCCAAGCGCUUAAAGUUCAGCCAGGAGGUUGAAAUGGGGGCCCAAACUACGUUAGCUGUACCCUAUAUCAUCAUUCCCAUGGAGAAAGGAAAAUUUGGUAUCGAAGUAAAAGCAGCUGUGAGAGGGUCACAUCUCGCUGAUGGAAUACUGAAGGAGCUGAAAGUGGUGCCUGAAGGGGUGCUGAUUAAGUCUCCUCAGAUCGUAAACCUUGACCCUGCUAAAGAAGGAAUAAAUGGUAAACAAGAAGUCAUUAUCAACAGUCAAAUUCCCAAGAAAGAUGUGGUACCGGGCACUGACUCUGUCACACAAAUCUCUGUGAUAGGUAGAGAACAAGUUAGUGUACUGGUGGAGAAUGCCAUUGCUGGGACAUCAAUGGGUAGCCUGAUUUAUCAGCCUGGUGGCUGUGGAGAGCAGAACAUGAUCCACAUGACCCUGCCUGUAAUUGCAACGACCUAUUUGGACAAAACCAACCAGUGGGAAACUGUGGGCUUUCAGAAACGUAAUGAAGCCCUGCAACACAUAAAAACUGGGUACAGAAAUGAGCUUGCUUAUCGGAAGAAAGAUGGUUCUUUUUCUGUGUGGGGCAAUGGACGUAGUAGCAGCUGGCUGACAGCCUAUGUUGCCAAAGUGUUCUCCAUGUCCAACCAGCUGGUGGCAGUGCAAAGAGAUGUGAUCUGUGAUGCUGUCAAGUUUCUUAUUCUCAAUGCGCAGCAACCUGACGGCAUGUUUCGAGAAGUCGGCAGGGUGGCUCACGGCGAGAUGAUUGGUGACGUGCGGGGUGGAGACUCAGACGCCUCCAUGACAGCCUUCCAUCUCAUUGCAAUGCAGGAGUCCAGCGCACUUUGCUCUGCCACUGUGAAUAGUUUGGAAGAUAGCGAGGCCAAAGCUCUUGCUUACCUGGAAAAGCGUCUGCCCAGCCUCACCAACCCUUAUGCUGUUGCCAUAACAUCAUAUGCUUUAGCGAAUAAGGAGAAGCUGAACAAGGAGAUCCUCUUCAAGUUCGCUUCCCCAGAGUUUUCCCAUUGGCCUGUACCAAAGGGACAUAUUUAUACACUGGAGGCUACAGCUUAUGCUCUUCUGGCUUUGGUCAAGGCUCGGGCCUUUGAGGAAGCCAGACCUGUGGUGCGAUGGUUCAACAAGCAGAGGAAGGUGGGCGGAGGCUAUGGAUCGACUCAGGCGACAAUCAUGGUAUAUCAAGCUAUAUCGGAAUAUUGGACCAGUGCCAAAGAGCCAGAUUACGAUCUGAAAGUGGACAUUGAUGUGCCGGGCAGAUCGAGACCUCUCAAAUAUAACUUCAACAAGCAAAACCACCAUGCCACAAGAACAGCUGAAAUGCAGAGUAUUAACCAAGAUGUCAAAGUUACAGCUGAAGGUAGUGGAGAAGCAACACUAACGUUGGUGUCCUUGUAUUAUGCCCUGCCAUCAGAAAAAGAAAGUGACUGUCAGAAUUUUGACCUGUCGGUGCAACUUAUUCCAGAAAAACUUGAUGUGGAAGAGAAGAUAUACAAGCUAAAAAUAGAGGUUAUUUAUAAAAACAAAGAGCAUGAUGCAUCCAUGUCAAUCUUGGACAUCGGCUUGUUGACUGGCUUCCGUGUUAACGAGAACGACCUGAACUUGCUGGCCAAAGGACACGCCCCCACCAUUUCAAAGUAUGAGAUGAACACAGUCUUAUCAGAGAAGGGCUCUCUCAUCAUCUACUUGGACAAAGUCUCUCAUAAGCGUCGUGAGGAAGUCAGCUUUAGGAUCAUCCAGACCCUGAAAGUCGGCAUCUUACAACCCGCUGCUGUGUCCGUUUAUGAAUACUAUGAUCAGAGGCAUUGUGUGAAAUUCUACCAUCCUGAGAGGAGAGCAGGUCAGCUGUUGAAACUCUGCACAAAGAACGAAUGUACCUGUGCUGAAGAGAACUGCAGUCUACAAAAGAAGGGUCAAAUCAGUAAUGAUUUGCGCGCAGAAAAGUCUUGUGAGAGUACCCCAACCAGCAAGAUAGACUUUGUGUACCAAAUACAAUUGGAACAAUUGAAAGACAGUCUGUCAACUGACCUCUACACAGCACGGGUGAAUAAAGUCAUCAAAGAAGGAAAUAAAGAUAUGGGUGCCCAAGGGAAACUGCGCACAUUCCUCAGUUAUCCACACUGCAGGGAUGCUUUGGAGUUGGAGAUUGGCAAAUCCUAUUUGAUCAUGGGCUCAUCGAAAGAUAUUUACAGAAAUGACGAGGCACAAACCUUCCACUAUGUUUUUGGAGAGAACACCUGGCUCGAAUACUGGCCGACACCAGCGGAGUGUCAAAACCAAGAACACAGACCUACUUGCUUAGGGAUGGAGCUCCUCAUCAAGAAAUAUGAAGGUUUUGCAUGCGAACAAUAGUCGAGCCAAGCACAUUCAAUGAAAAUAUGUUUUCACCAUCCUCAUCACAUGAAUCUUCUCUUUUUAUGUCAUUGAAUGUGUCAACCUGCUAAUUAAAAUUAAAUUGAUGCUCAUCUCACUG